AUGGCUGUCACUAACUUUAUUCACAUUCCUCAGCACCUUCUUCCUCCAAUGCUUUCUUUUUUAUAUUUCAAGAGCUCUUCAAUGAUCCCAUUUUCAGUACGUGGCCCUCUUACAUUCGAGGGAUGGUAUCCACGUGAUCACAAACCUGGACAAUACCCAACAAAUGAUGAGGAAAGACGCGCUGCCGCUUUGAAGUACGGACUCCGCCCAGAAGAUUAUAAACCGAUCGAUCAAGACGAUGUUGUUCGGUAUGCAGGUGACUAUCCCGAACUUGGAAUCGUUACAUUUGACCAUAAGGAUCCCUACGAGGAUUGGACUGAUCGCCAGAAUAGGAGAAACUGGGGCGAAAUGGUUCCCAUUGAUAUGAUGCGUUACCGAGGUGAUCGCCUGACAUUCACUGGAUUAGAGGCCGAAGAUUUCACGACGUGGGGCUCCAUCAUCAUGUGCCUCAGAGUACUUGUGCCAAUAGCUAUUUUUGCGUGGCUUGUUACCAAUGAAGAUCCGAAUGCGUGGCGCUGGAGGAACCCAGUUAUGCCGAAACAGUAUCCAUAUGACUUCUAUAGAGCUUUCCCAUUCGAAGACGCGAGAAGAUAUCCUAUUACAAAUUAUUCUUUCGAGUUACUAGAUUGA